GCUGCGGGAGCGGCUCCAUCCCGGCUGUUCCGUGCCAGCCUGGGGACGGCGCUGUCCCCGAGCCUGAUGCCAGCACCCAACUCUGCCUGGGGACACCCCGAGUGUCCCUGUGAACUGUGCUGGGUCACCUCAGCCCAAGCUGGGGACAAACUCUGGCACGGAGGGAGCACAGAAUGCAGGCUUUGGGUGACAUGGCUUUGUGGCCGGUGCCAGCAGCUCAGUGUCCCCUGCAGCAGGGUGACCCUCUGGGGACAAACUGGCACUCGGGGAGCACAGAACGCAGGCUUUGGGUGACAUGGCUUUGUCACCUGAGAGUGCCACUAUCCCUCGAUGUCCCCUGCAGCAGGGUGACCCUCUGGGGACAAACUCUGGCACUCAGGUGGUGCCACCAACCAGGCUUGGGGUGACAUGGCUUUGUCACCGGUGCCAGCAGCUCGGUGUCCCCUGCGGCAGGGUGACCCUCUGGGGACACGCCAUGUCCCUGGGCAGCGACAGCGGCCCCGGCAUCGUGCACAGCCUGCUGUGCCACCGGCAGGGAGGGGACAGCGAGGCCUUCGCCCGCCGCGCCAUCCAGAGCCUGCUGAGGAAGCUCAAGGAGAAGAGGGACGAGCUGGACGCGCUGGUGGCCGCUGUCACCUCCGGAGGGGCCCAGCCCGGCCAGUGUGUCACCGUGCAGAGAACGCUGGACGGGCGGCUCCAGGUGGCCGGCAGGAAGGGUUUCCCUCACGUCAUCUACGCGCGGCUCUGGCGCUGGCCCGACCUGCACAAGAACGAGCUCAAACCCGCCCGCUUCUGCCAGUUCGCCUUCGACCUCAAGUGCGACAGCGUCUGCGUCAACCCCUACCACUACGAGCGCGUGGGGACCCCCGGCGGCGGUCUGAGCAUCCCGCGCACAGUGUCCCCCCCGUGCCCGGUGAAGGAGGAGCGUGUCCAUGAGUGUGUGGUGCAGAUGGAGCUGCCGGAGCUGGGGGGGGAGACCCCCGGGUGCCCCCACCGAGCGCUGCCCCCUGAGCCCCCCCGAGUGCCCCCCCGGAGCUGCCUGGAGCUGCCCCAAGCGACCCCCCAGGACCCCCAGGCCCACCCCGAGGGCCCCCCAGCACAGAAUGGGUACCCCAAACCCCCCCAGCACGGUUCCCCGCUGAGCUGGAGCCCUGCCACCAUCUACACCCCGACUUUGGGGGGGCCGCAGCCCCCUCCCCACCACCAUCCCGGCAGCCAGAGCCACCCGCAGCACUGCUGGCCCCCCAUGCUGCAGCCCCCCGUGUCCACCCACCCUGGCCCGGAGUUCUGGUGCUCCAUCGCCUACUUCGAGCAGGACGUGCAGGUGGGGGAGAUCUUCAAGGUGCCCUCGAGCUGCCCCUCGGUGGUCGUGGAUGGAUACGUGGAUCCCUCGGGGGGCGCCCGCUUCUGCCUGGGGCAGCUCUCCAACGUGCAGCGCUGCGCCGCCAGCGAGAGGGCACGGCUGCACAUCGGCAGGGGCGUGCAGCUGGAGCGCCGGGGAGAGGGCGAUGUGUGGAUGCGCUGCCGCAGCGAGCACGCCGUGUUCGUGCAGAGCUUCUACCUGGACAGGGAGGCGGGCAGGGCCCCCGGCGACGCCGUGCACAAGGUGUACCCCGGAGCGCACGUCAAGGUGUUCGACCUGCGGCAGUGCCACCGGCAGAUGCAGCAGCAGGCGGCCACGGCCCAGGCUGCGGCCACUGCCCAGGCGGCCGCGGUGGCCGGGACCAUCCCCGGGGCUGGCUCCGUGGGGGGCAUCGCCCCGGCCAUCGGGCUGUCGGUGGCCGCGGGGCUCGGCGUGGACGACCUGCGGCGCCUUUGCCUCGUUAGGCUGAGCUUCGUUAAGGGCUGGGGGCCCGACUACCCCCGCGCCAGCAUCACCUGCACGCCCUGCUGGAUCGAGGUGCACCUGCACCGCGCCCUGCAGCUGCUGGACCACGUCCUGCACGCCCUGCCCGACGCACACGCCUGAAUCCUGCAAGGAAUGCCAAAAAAAAGGGGGAAAAAACGAAGCAAAAUGGCAAAAAAAAAAAAAAAAAGACUAAAAAUGUGUUGGUUUAACAGUUAUUUAAUGAAUUGGGUCAAGGCUUGUGGUCUGGGUGUAGUGCAGCCCUCAGUGCUGAUUUCCACCUCCUGCUUGAACUUUUGUAUGAAAAUAAACCAAAAAAUUAAUUUUAAAAUGAAGUAAAAGGACCAACACCGUGAUAUUUUAA